AUGUGGUGUUUAGAGAUGUUUUCGGGCAGUCUUUACUUCAGCUCAUUUGAAGAUUACAAGAAUUUCCGCUGGUUCUCGGGGCUCCUUACGGAUGAUCUUGGUGAAAUUCCUGAUGGCGGCGUGACUAAUGAGGGAUUUGUCAAGUUCAAUACCCGCCUACAACUUCAAUGGCCUAUCAACUCACCCUUUCUUGAAAAUCCGAUUCCAUUCUUCGCUGCCCUGGUUCAUAUUCGAACUAAAGGCAAUGGAUAUCAGCAGUCUCAUGUUGGUUCAAUCAUCAAAGCAAUGCCAUUGAGUGCUGAGCGGUUUUAA